UAGAGGCGUGUCUAUGUAGAAGUUUGUAUGUGGUAACUAGGCAACCACAUAGCCAAAAUAGAAAAGAAAAUAACAGUGCUAUCCACCUCGUUGAGAUGUCUUGGCAAAUAAGAAGUUCGUUUAAUAAACUAGUAGUUUAUUUGCUAGCCAGGAAGCUAACACUAUCCAUAUAAUUUGUUUUUUGAUAAAGCGAUCGCGUCACCAAGGUUGUACGCUUCUAGGCAGCCAUUUUAUCGAGGUUUUUAUACAAGAGAGUGCGCGCGACAAUAACACGGACCAAUCACAUCGCGGCAAACAGUGGAGGCGGGGCUAUAUCGUAGGGGCUGUGAAUUAACUAGGCAACCACAUAGAAACAGAACGCACUCGGUGAGAUUACACAUAAUAAACAGUAGCUGUGCUGUUUAGCGACAAACAAGAAUUUAGUUUUAUUAAAUAUAGUAAUUGGAUUUACUAGCUAUCUGGCUAGUUAUCUGAUUUCUUGACAUUUUAGUGUUUUCUGCGUGCAAGAAAUAUGGAAGGAGACGCGCUAGAGCAGCAGGACACGCCCCUACCCGAUAUUUUUGUAGAGAGGACUCUGGCUUUGAUCAAACCAGACGCUAUAGAUAAAGCUGAUGAAAUCGAGGAUAUAAUCCUUCGGUCAGGAUUCACCAUAUUGCAGAAACGUAAGCUUCAGCUGAGCCCAGAGCAGUGCAGUGACUUCUAUGCUGAACAUUACGGACAGCCGUUUUUUCCGAGUUUGACGGCGUUCAUGAGCUCUGGCCCAGUCAUGGCUCUUGCAUUGGCGAGGCAUCGGGCCAUCGCUACCUGGAAAGGUCUGAUGGGACCAAGCGACAGCACCCAGGCCAGAGAGACAUAUCCUGAAUGCCUGAGAGCUAGAUUUGGGACGUCUGACUUGAGGAACGCUGUUCACGGCAGCGAGACGUUUUCGGCAGCCGUAAGGGAGCUCAAGUUCAUGUUUCCCAACUGUGUAAUUGAACCUGUUCCUAAGCGCCAAGCUGCCACAGAUUACCUGAGCAGGUAUAUAAAUCCAACACUCAUCACCGGCCUUACUGAGCUGUGCAAGGCAAAACCAGCUGAUCCGUUCACAUGGAUGGCUGACUGGCUGAUUCAAAACAAUCCAAAUAAACCAAAAAUAAGUGGGGAUUGUAGUUGAAGAUGCAGCUUUGAACAUAAUAAAAAAUGACUAUGGGUUUUCUGACAGAAAUCUCUUUUUUUUUAUGUAGUACUGAAAAUGAUUUGCAUUAAAGUUGAACUGUUUUGAGACAUUA